AGAGACAGAGAGAUAGAUAGAGAGAAACUUUCCAAACCAGAGUGAGUGAGAGUGACAAACUGACAAGCUGUCUGUUUUCACCAAAGAAACUGAGGACAUUUUGCAUCUGGGUUACUUCUGAUGACAAACUGAAGAUUUGGUAUGAGGUCAAAGACUUGGGCCUGCAGAGGGAUGAGUGGAGACUGAAAAAUCCAAAAGCUCAUCGGCUAAAUCAGGAUGGGCUGCACUUGCAGUGGCCAGAAAGAAAAGGAGAAUAAAAAUACUUUUUACAAAGUAAAAACCUCUGAGAAAUCCCAAUCAUCAAACCAUACAGGACGGAGUACAAACACCUAUUCAUCUAAUGAAGAAAAUGUGUUCAUCGCGCUGCAUGACUUCAAAGCCACCAAUGAGAGUGAUCUUGCUUUCAAAAAAGGAGACAAGCUAAAGGUCUUGCAAGAGAGUGGAGAAUGGUGGCUGGCUAAAUCACUUCUGACUGAACAAGAGGGCUUCAUUCCUUCUAAUUAUGUAGCCAGAGCAGAUACACUGGAAGUGGAGAAGUGGUUUUUCAAAGACUUGAGUCGAAGGGAGACUGAACGACUGCUUCUCGCUCCUGGUAAUAAACCGGGCUCCUUUCUUGUUCGAGAGAGUGAAACCUGUAAAGGGUCGUACUCGCUAUCGGUAAGAGACAAUGACCGGGAACAGGGAGAUGUGGUAAAGCACUACAAGAUUCGCUGUCUGGACAAAGGUGGUUACUAUAUCUCCCCAUCCAAUACCUUCCCAUCAUUACAAGAGCUUGUCAAGUACUAUACCCGGACAGCAGAUGGGUUGUGUCUACGGCUGUAUGCUCCUUGUAAACCAAAGGCUCCUCCGACGGCAUGGGCUCAGGAUGAAUGGGAGAUUCCCAGAGAGACACUGAAAAUGGUGAAGAAACUGGGUGCUGGGCAGUUUGGAGAAGUUUGGAUGGGCUUCUACAAGAACACCCAAAAAGUUGCUAUUAAGACGAUGAAAGAGGGAACGAUGGAGCCUGAGGCCUUUCUCCAGGAAGCUAACCUCAUGAAGCAGCUGCAGCACGAUCGGCUUGUGCGACUCCAUGCUGUGGUCACCAAGGAGCCCAUUCUCAUUGUGACUGAGUUCAUGGUCAAUGGCUGCCUCCUGGACUUUCUAAAAUCUGAUGAAGGGAAACAUUUGAAAAUUAACAAGUUGAUCGAUAUGUCAGCGCAGAUAGCUGAGGGAAUGGCGUACAUUGAAAAGAAAAACUAUAUCCACCGUGACCUUCGUGCCGCUAACAUACUUGUCAAUGACACUUUGCACUGCAAGAUAGCUGACUUUGGCCUGGCUAGAGUCAUUGAGUCAGAAUAUACAGCGCAGGAAGGUGCUAAGUUCCCCAUUAAAUGGACAGCUCCCGAGGCUAUCAACUAUGGCACGUUCAGCAUCAAAUCAGAUGUCUGGUCCUUUGGGAUCCUGCUGACAGAAAUUGUUACCUAUGGAAGAAUCCCUUACCCAGGAAUGACCAACCCAGAGGUGAUCAGGAACCUGGACAAGCUUUACAGAAUGCCGCGGCCGGAUGGUUGCCCAGAGGAACUCUAUGAUAUAAUGAUGAUGUGCUGGAAACAAAAGCCUGAGGAGCGACCCACUUUUGAUUAUCUGCAGAACACUCUCAAUGAUUUCUUUAUUGCCACAGAGGGACAAUAUGAGAUGCAACCAUAAGUGGCAAUAAAAGAAAUGCUUUGUGUUAAUUACAUGUGUACUCACCGAACUUCUCUUCUGUGACUCACACGGAGAGUUUAUAUGAAAUAAUUCCUCUCAAUGAAUGUCAAAGCUAAUUUUGGCUUCUACUAUCUCCAACGGAAAUGAGUGCCUGUCACAUAUGAAAGUUAAAGCCUUUGAUAUGUUUUUUUUUUUUAUUAUUAUUAUUAUUAUUAUUACGGUGUCUUUGUCUCAGCAAAUGAUACUCCUGUUAUUAACCAAAGCAAUGGAAUAUGAGUAGGCAUCAGUGGCAUUGAUUUAAGCAAUGGAAUGUGAGUAAGCAUCACCAGCACUGAUGAAUUGUCUGUAUGUAUAUAUAACAUUAUUAAGUGACUGGAACCACAUCAUGCAGGUUGUGCAACAGCUGUUGGACCCUGGGGGACUCGUAAAGCUAGAGUUGAAACAUUUGCAUGAUACCGAAAAGCAAUAUUCUGAGAUUACAUGCACAAUACUUUGCACUUUUCUUCUCCAUUUAUGUGUAUUUGAAAGUAAAAGA